CAGCUGUGGUGUGGUGUGGUCAGUGCAGGUCAGUGGCGAAUGACAGCGAAUGACAGCAAGUGAUAGGGCACUCAAGGAGGGCAGUAGGUAAUAAAGGGGGCCCAAAGAUCGUCUCCACCUCGCAACCAAAAGUAUCCCAAGAAAGAAAAAAAGAGGAUCCAGUAGCCAAACAGUUGCAGACUCACAAUUUUAAAAGCUGAAUGAUACUUUAUCCCUGGAGGGACGGCAAUCCAAAGGGCAAAGAAGAAGAAGAAAAAGGAGGAGGGCAGAUUUCUCGGGAAGGAACACUGCUCAGCACAAACUGCGAUGUGAGACGGGGAAGGGACAGAGACGGGAAAGAGGGAUACGCCAUUCGCGGCUAUUUAGAAGCGAGAGAUAAAUAUGCUCGCGAGGCGCGAUAAGCGAAUGUGAUAGACGAACAUAAGAGAGGUAAAGGUAUUACAGAGUGUUGCGAAGAAAUACCAUCUCUAGCUGGUGACGAGGGAAGAUCGGAAGAACGGAAACGCAGACAUCUAUUGCUGCCGAUCGCGAUUGCAAUGAGUCAUCUACUCAAAAACCUUACCAACAGUAUCUGGCAUGCGUUUCAUGCGCUACAGGCCGAUACCACAAACACCGUCGCCAAAUCCAAAUUAAAGGUACUGACGGCGAACAUUGGUACAAUUAUGGAUUUGUAUGGUGUAGAGAAAGGCUUGGAGCAUUACCGCAGUACACAGAAUUUAACAUUUGAUCAGUACAUCUAUUAUUUAAAGAAAGAAGUGUUCUCCUCUGUAGCCAACACUACCCCUGUACAAACGUUGAAGACCUUGGAAGAAGGAAUAGAUGAAAUCUGCUGGCUAGUUUGUAAAAAGAUGUAUUUGGAGAGAUCACAUCCAGUCUUCAAUGAUCACAGUGUUUACCAGUUAUUCAGAAUUUACUGCUUGUUGGCUGAGACAAAAUCAGACACGACAGAUUCUUACCUGGUGAUAAUACACAGUGAUGAGGUAGCGCAAAUCGCGGCCCAUUUAGUAAUGUCCUUGGGUCUGCAGUGGGAUGCAACAGAUUUCUCGACUCUGUCAGAAGCUAUUGGUGUUUUUAGAUUUUCCACGUUCCUGGCGGUUUUGGAAUCCAAGUAUAGUGGUGGUAAUACAUCGGACACAAUGGCAUUAACGGAGGCGAUCGACGAUAUCUAUCAGAUUUACAUAGAGAAUGUAUUGAAAAAGGGCUACUUGAUGAAGAAAGGUUUCCUGUUGCCAACAUUACGAUACUUUUGGUUCGUGUUGCGUCCUGGUGAAUUGACAUAUUACAAAGAUCCUCAACAAAAAGAACCAUCCGGAGUAAUCCGGCUAAAUAUCAAUUGCUGGGCCGAUACUCUAACCAACAACGGAAAACCCGAUAGAAGAUUUGUUCUUAGCACUCCCGAACACAAAUGCAUAGAGCUAGUGGCAGAGGAUUAUAAAGGCAGAUUGCAAUGGCUCGCAGCAUUGCAAACGGCUAUUCAGCAUCCGAACGAAAUCGAUUAUCAGAGAAAAUUGGCCGAACAAAGAAGAUCUUUGCGACAAGCUACUAAACAGGAAAAAGACAAGAUAAAGUUGGAACUUAAGCACGAGAGACAAGCUAGAAUCGCCGCUGAGAUUCAAGCUCGGAAAUUGGAAACUCUGUCGAAAGAGGAAAGUGCCAAAGUUCAACAGCUGGAAGAUAUUAAACAGAAACUAGAAAUGUUACUGCAAGAAGAAAAACAGGCUCUACGUGAUGAGGAAAUAGUACGAAAUUUACAAGCGAGAGUAUUGCGCGAAGAAUGGGAAAAGAGAGAACAAUUGGAAAGAUUGCAGCAGGAGCAGCAGGAAUUGCUAGAGAUGGAGAAGAUGAAGACAAUGGAAUUUGAACGAAUGCAAAGAAAAAACAAGCAACAGUUGAAAGAUGCUGAACAGAGACUUGAUCAGCUAGAAGCAGAAAAAAAGCAUUUAGAUGCCGAGUUACGCGCUGCGCGUGAAAAUGUAAAGCACGCCGAAGAGGCUCAACUUUUAUUGGAAGCACAAAUCGUGACGCGUCCUUUGAGAGGAGGUGAAAGAAUCCGACGUACUCAAAGCUUUAUACCAACAACGAAAGAGCGACCAUUGUCCACAGAGACAAUCGACAGUAGAUCUAUGACAUUGCAAAAGAAUACAUGACGUAAGUGUCAUCGAUUAUACGGCUAGUUGUUAAACUGUAAAGUAACAGUUCACGGCUAAAAGAUCGAUGCCUUUAUCGCUUGAAUUGCAUUUAAGUCUUCUACCAAAUAGAGUAACACAAAGAGCCUUAUAGAAUCUACUAUACGUUGCGGGGCAACUAUUAUAUUUUCGCGAAGAGAAUGCGAAAAAAUUCCAUACGAGCUUCAAAUUCGAUAGUUCCUUAUUCUUUAUGCCUUGUUUUAUUCGCAGCCUUAGCCAAAAGGUAUUUAGUAUUGCAUGUACAAAUUUCAUAUAUGCGAAUUUUUAUUCCUUAUCUCGAAACCAUUGUGAUCCUUAUCUUAUAGAUGCCAAAAUACUAUUUCCAUUUUUUCUCUGACGUUAUUAUAUAAAAAUAUAUAUAUAAUUUUUUUAUUCUCGAGCGUAUUAACAUAGGAUAGGAAAAUAUUUGAUGCGAAUUUAUAUCAUAUUAAAAGAUAUACGCAGAAUUGUGUACAAUAUGUCUAAGACAAAAAUGCGAGAAUAUAUUUUUAAAAUUUUACAUAACUAUAUAAGAUUUUAUAUACGAAUAAAAAUUAUAUUUUAUGUAAUAUUUUGCUCAAAUCAAAUCAAGUUUAAUUGAAAUGAAUAAAUUUUUAUAAAUGUUUCAUAUAUACACACAUAUACAUACAUACAUGAGACUUUAUACUUAUACAAGUUAAACUCUGUUAUUGAUCAAACAUAUGGGCUAUAUGGCUGUCUAACUGUUUCACUGUUGCUAUUUUACAUUCCUAAUGAGGAAAUUUGUAUCUUGUUAAGAAUAAAUGAUUUGAAUACAAA